AAACUCCUUGAAAGAACCCGUGCCAGGCGGGAGAACCUGCAGAAGAAAAUGGCCGAGCGGCCCAAGAUGGGAGCAAGACCCACAAUGCAGACCAAGAGGGUCAGAGAGCCUUUGGUAGAAACUGGUAACCAGGCAUCUCUUUCUGGUGAUGAAGUAAAACCUGAUACAAAGCCAUCGCCAUCAAAGAGGCUCUGCCCUAAUGAUACUGAGACUCAAGCUUCUUGUUCGGAGAAUGUACAACCAGUUCCUCCGAGUUCCACCAGCCAUGAUGCUUCUGAGAUGACUUCAGAAUUGCAUGAAACUACUUCUAACAGAGCUUCAGUGGUUCAGCCUCUUGAGAAAGGAAAACCAAACACUAAGUCAGAAGUUCCUGCAGCCCUUUCUGUCAAGACACGUAUGCAGAAAUUGGCAGAACAGCGGCUCUGCUGGGAUAGUGAGGAUCCCUCUGAAUGUGUUCCUCUGUCUCCCCUCCAGUCAAAAGGUCUGUCUGUUUCUCCACCUAAGCAGAUAUCUAAUGCCCUGGCAAGUGAAACCCCUAUCGGGAGAAGAGGCCGUUUAGCUAACCUUGCUGCUACAAUUGGUUCCUGGGAAGAUGACCUAAGUCAUCCAUCUGCAAAGCAAAACAAUGCACAAGAACAGCCUGGUACUACUUGUUUAUCCAAAUUGUCCACUACAAGUGGAGCAUCUGCUAGAAUCAAUAGUAGCAGUGUAAAGCAGGAAGCUGCAUCCUGUUCUCAAAGGCUUGUUGAGGCUUCUAUUAAUAAACCAGCAAACUCAAAGAGAGCGGGUCUGAACAAUUUUUUAACGCAACCCUCAAGAGUCACUGUUCCCUCUUCUAAAGAAUCUGAAGUACAACAGCCGCUAACAGAGAAUCCCUGCAGUCCUCAGAAAACUGAAAAGCAUCCUCAAAUAGCAAAAUCAACUUUGCCUCAACCAGUUCAGUUGAAAGAAGAGCCAGCCAAAGGAACACAUGUGCAACUUGAACCUAAGGGGAAACCUGCAACACCAGGGGGAUCAGGAAUUAAGACCUUCCUGGAACGCUUUGGAGAGCGCUGUCAAGAGCACCGUGUGCGCAGCCCUGCUGAGAAUACUCCAGGGUGCAGAACACCCAUUGUUACUCCAAAUACAAGGACAAUCCAGGAAAGGCUUCUCAAACAAAAUGAAAAUUCCUCUACUGCCAGUGUAGUGCUUCAGCUUAAGCAGGAACGUGAGCGAGAACUCGCAUGCCUUCGUGGCCGAUUUGAUAGGGGCAAUCUGUGGAGUGCGGAGAAAAGUGACAGUUCAAAGAGGAAGCUUCCAGAAGCUAAAAUGGAAAGCCAAUCUCAGACUAGUCCAAAACGUCCUCCUAGUUCAGAUGCCACUGCUUUGGGACCAGCAAAGUCUCCCAGCAUGGAGUCCUCGGAUGCUUCUAAGUGUGAAGAGACUGAAAAAUCCAGUCCUCUGAAGGUUGUUGAGCCCAACAGCCCUGUAAAAGUGAUGUCUGACUCUAAGCUUGAACAACUUGCUGAGAAACAGAAGGAUGAAGUAUAUGAAGUUGAAAUUAAUGUGGAUGAUGAGAUGAAUAGCUCAAAAGUGAUAAAUGAAAUUUUUGAAGUUCUUCAAGAGGAUGGUCCAGACAUAGAAAAGCUGAAGAAAGAAAUGAGUAUGAGCCUGGAAGGUGAAAGUGAUGAGGAUGAGCAGGAAGAGUCACUGAAUAUUUCAUCAAUGUCUCUGUUAACUCCUCUAGUGGAAUCUGUUGGUUCAGAGGCCUUUACUUCUCCUUGUAGGUCAACUGGAGAAGGUAGCAGUAUCAGUGAUGUAAGUCUAAAGUCUGACAAGUUCCAGAGGACUAAAGUUCCUAGGGCAGAAUCCGGAGAUAGUAUUGGCUCUCUGUCAGAAGACCGCAACCUUCUCUAUAGCAUUGAUGCGUACAGAUCUCAAAGAUUUAAAGAGACCGAUCGUCCUUCGAUAAAGCAAGUCAUCGUUCGCAAAGAAGAUGUUGCUUCCAAAACAGAUGGGAAAAAGAACGGCCCAUCUGAUCAAGUCAAUAUCAAGAAGAGAAUGCAGGAACUGAAUAAUGAGAUCAACAUGCAGCAGACAGUGAUUUAUCAAGCCAGUCAAGCUCUGAACUGCUGUUUUGAUGAGGAACAUGGAAAAGGAUCACAAGAAGAAGCAGAAGCAGAGAGACUCCUUCUCCUUGCAACUGAGAAAAGAACUGCAUUAUUGGAAGAACUGAAUAAACUGAAGAGUGAGGGACCUCAUAGUAAAAGAAAUAAAGCUGCUUCUGCAUCCACUGAGUUUGCUCCAUCCAGAGGAUCUGUUUCCAUUUCAGAAAUGCGUCUACCUCUAAAAGCAGACUUUGUAUGUGGCACAGUUAACAAGCCAGAAGCAGCAAACUACUACUAUGUAAUACUGCUGAGAUCUGGAGCAGAAAACAUGGUUGCAACUCCAUUAACAAGUACUGCCAGCUCCCUGAAUGGAGAUGCUCUCACUUUUACUACCACAUUUACUAUGCACGAUGUGUCAAAUGACUUUGAAAUAAAUAUAGAAGUUUACAGUUUGGUGCAGAGAAAAGAAGUUGCAAGCACUGAUAAAAGGAAAAAGACAAAUAAAUCUAAGGUUAUUACUCCAAAGAGAUUAUUAACAUCUAUUACUUCUAAAAGCAACCUUCUUACUCCAGCCAUGGCCAGUCCAGGUGGCCCAAAUGCUAUACGUAGUACUAAUUUCAUCCUUGUUGGAUCCCACAAGCUAUCGCUGUCUUCUGUAGGAAAUACCAAAUUUGCACUGGACAAGGUUCCCUUUUUGUCCCCUUUGGAAGGUCAUAUAUAUCUAAAACUGAAAUGCCAAGUGGAUUCCUUGGUGGAGGAGAAAGGGUUCUUGACUAUGUUUGAAGAUGUUAGUGGAUUUGGAGCAUGGCAUAGGCGCUGGUGUGUGCUGUCUGGAAAUUGUAUCUCUUAUUGGACAUACCCAGAUGAUGAAAAACGAAAGCAUCCUUUGGGCCGGAUAAACUUGGCUAACUGCACUAAUCAUCAGAUUGAACCUGCCAACAGGGAGUUCUGUGCCCGUCCCAACACUUUUGAACUAAUAACUGUCAGACCUCAGAGAGAAGAUGACCGAGAGACUCUGGUCAGCCAAUGCAGGAACACACUCUGUGUUACAAAGAACUGGCUGUCUGCUGAUACUAAAGAAGAGCGUAACUUUUGGAUGCAAAAGCUCAACCAAGUCCUUGUUGACCUUCGCAUGUGGCAGCCUGAUGCCUGCUACAAACCUAUUGGAAAGCUUUAAACUCUGGAAAGGAAAUACAGAGAAAAUGUGUACGCAAAAA